AUGUCGGAGCACAAAAAGGCCGCUCUAUUCAAAUACAAAUCAUGGUCUCCUGACAUUCAACGUGAAGAAGUUUGGCUCAAACGCAAGAAGAAGCACUUUCAGCAUUACCGUCGUUCAAUGAGCAUCACUAACGACGAUAUCGAUGAACUCCGUGCUUGUUUUGAAUUAGGAUUUGGAUUCGAUUCGAAUUCUGAUUUGGAUCCAAAGCUUACCAAAGCUUUUCCCGCUUUGGAGCUUUAUCAUGCUGUGAAUAAGUUAUCUCGAUCCUCUUCUUCGGUUUCGACGGUAACUUCUGACGGUGAAACUCCGUCAUCUGUUGAAACCUCUGUCUCCAUUGUUGAACCAGGUGCUGAUCAGGAGACAAUGAAGCUGAAGCUGAAACAAUGGGCACAAGUUGUGGGUCUUUCAGUGCUUCCAUCACCUUUUAUCUAUAAAUAG